AUGACACCUUCACACUCGCUCGUGUACCUACUGUCACUCGUUUUAACCUUUUCUUUGCUUCCAUCCACUCUCGCUGCACCAUGGAUUGUAACUGGCUACUACGAAGAAGUUACGAGCACCGUCUACGAUUAUUACUAUUACUAUGAGACAUCAACCCCAGAGGUGACUCGUAUUAUUGAAGCCAUCAUUCCCACAGCCACACCCCUCCCAGCCGCGGUAUCUACCGUCGUUGUGAACCCUUACUCUAAUACCGAUAUCACCAUUGUGGAGAAACUGUACCCUACUGGAGCUGGGAAAGUUCAAGUCUAUUCAUACGACUACGACUACGACAAUGUAGUGACUGUUUGGGUUGUCAACAUGACCUUUAGUGCACCUACCGGUUGCUCAACAGCAUGGACAACCACAACUGCAGCCACGGUGUAUCCCAGCGAAACGAUCAAGUCAUUGCUCCCCAAGACUGCUGUCUCAACCUCACUGUCAGUGGAUACUAGGAUCGCCUUCCAGCCAACAACUUACACCUACGACUACAUCUUUGUGGACCCGACCCAAAUCCCCAGCUCCUCACUCGCUGCGCUGAGCAAUUACAACUACCCAAGUGACCUCUACACAGGUAAUGGCUGCUACUACACCUCCGUAGCUUCAAACUAUGGCACCGAUGAAGAUGGAAGCUACACUACCGGUACAUACGGGAACUCCAACUAUUAUUCGUACGGUGACGAUGACUACAACUGGUUCAUAUCCUCCUAUUGGGGAAUCUCUUUGCUAGCCAUAACUCUCAUCACCCUCCUAGGAUGGAUAGGCGUUAUGCUGAUCGCCGGCUUCAUCGAAGCCUGGAUUCGUUUCCGGCGCCUGAUGACAGGCUGGCAAACCCGGCGCGGCCUCCCAGUGUUCUGGUCAUUGACACUCCUCCCACUAUCUCUAUUCCUGCUCUUCGCCUUCAAAAAGGGAUACCGCGCCCGCAGCGCUGAAGACGCCGAAGUCCUCCGACAGAAGUGGAAGGAGAUGAGUUUCUGGACCAAACUCCGUCUCUUCUUCGUUUGGGGCUUCCGCUUCAAGUACCCGCCUAUGCUAGGUGAGGCCCCGCCGCGCGUGGAGGCUAGCAAGCGCCCUCAGAAGAACCCGCGAGCUGCCGUACCCAACGCUGAACAGCCGCUCGUGUCUGGAGCGACCGCGCAGCAGUCAAGGCCAGGAUCUGCGGAUCGGGCUGUCCCAGCUGUUGAAACUCGGGAUCCCGAGAUGGGAGAAGUGAACGCGGAGCAGCGCUCGACUCGGGAGAAUGGCGCAGAGGCAUCUGGUGCCUUGAUUCAGAGCCAGGAGGAGAGAGAUAUUGGUCGAGUCAAUUGA